GUUGGUCGCCGCUGAAUUUCUGCGUCCACGUCUCACAUUUUGCGAGGUACUGAACCAUUCAGGAUAGGUAGGUAAUGGUACGGAAGGUGAUACGUUCGCCUCUCGUGGCGAACGGCGGCGAUGCCGCGAUGCCUUCAGAAGUCUUUGAAUGGACAACCAAAGACGUGGCAAUAUGGUUACAAAAUGCGGGAUUCCAACAAUAUGCUGAUCUCUUUGCGGAGCAGCAUAAGAUCGAUGGCGCAACCCUUCUUAUGUUGUCGGAACUCGACCUGCGAGAUCCUCCGUUGCAAAUAAAAUGCUUAGGUGACAUCAAAAGGCUCGGAAGAGCAAUAUACGAUUUGAAAACUUCUCACUUUUCUAUGCCGACUUCUCCACGGGUGUCAGAAUCAGCAUCGCAAGAUGAUUUACUAUUAUGUGUUGAAUAUGACAAAAGAAAGAAGAUGUCAAUAUCGGGUGAGGACGUGAUUGUACGAACGAAGGAAAAAGCAAUCAUCGAGGACUCCCUUGUAGAGACACUAUCAAAUUCCGGUGAUAUCCACUCUAUCCGACUAAUAUCCAGAGAUGAGCUCAUUCGUACAGUGGAAAGCCCCGACACAAAGGCAAAAAGUCUUGUCAAGUUGUUCAUAGCCUUCCUUUACUGUUUGACUUCGCUGCUUAUAACAGCAUUCGUGAUGGUUCUGGUCCAUGAUCGCGUCCCAGAUAUGAAAACAUAUCCGCCUCUUCCCGACAUCGUACUUGAUAAUUUGCCUUUGAUUCCAUGGGCAUUCGAAAUGUGCGAAAUGAUUGGCGUAGCUCUCAGUGUUAUAUGGUUCACCAUAGUCAUUUUCCACAAACAUAGGGUAAUCAUCAUGCGUCGAAUGUUCUCGUUAGUGGGCACCGUGUUUCUACUAAGGUGCGUCACUAUGAUGAUCACAUCUUUGUCGGUACCUGGGGUACAUUUGGAGUGUCAGGCAAAAAGUUACGGGAGUCUUGUGGACAAACUGAUCCAGGCGUUUCAUAUUUGGUCUCAUCUGGGACUUUCGAUACAGGGUGUGAGAACUUGUGGUGAUUACAUGUUCAGCGGGCACACUACUGCGAUCACGCUGCUAAACCACUUGAUUACGGAGUAUACACCUCCUUCGUGGACUUUUCUCCACACUACAACCUGGGUGUUGAAUCUCUUUGGAGUCUUCUUCAUACUUGCGGGACAUGAACAUUAUUCCAUUGAUGUUUUUAUAGCUUUCUACAUCUCGUCUCGCAUGUUUCUCUAUUACCACGCUUAUGCCUACAAUCAUGCCAAUCUGACUGCGACUGACGAUCGAAUACGGUUGUGGUUCCCUCUUGGGUGGUUCUUCGAAGCUGGUAGUAUGGGAAAGGUUCCCAAUGAGUUCGAAAUGCCACUGAGACUAAUAAUGCCGCGUUGGCUGAACGGUCAUCAUCGCCAUCAUGAGCAUCAUGAAGAGGAGGAGAAAGAAAAGAAGGAUGAAAACAAACAUGAGAAAGAAGGAAAGCAUGGAAAAAGGUCGAAGAAGAAGACACACUAGCAGCUCAAUACUACUUGACACCCAAGUUGGCUUGAGAGAUCUCUUAUCAGGUGUUUGCUAAACGCUAGUAAUCAUAAUAAUGCAUGAUUUUUUGAUGUCGGAUAAGUGACUGGGAUAGUUUCCUUUUCGUUUUUUGAUUUGUCGAAUAGAACAGUUAGCGUAGCGAAUUUGCCGGUUACAUCAUUUUACGGGUGAUGGGCACCACGUGGGCAUUUGACUGAAUGUGUCGAGAUGUGUUGCUAUAGUCAAAAACUAGUCUCUCUUCCGGUUAAGACGAAGUAGCUUCUCCCGCCGUUCAACAUGUCCUACCUCCAUGAUACCGUUCGCUUUGAAGAGAUGUUGAAGAGAUGCAUGUCUAGGCGUCGCAACUUACUAACUUAGAGUUUAGUUGAGUUGUAUAUUACUUAUCAAUUUUUGUCCUUUUUGAACCCGAGCCACUGGCCAUCUCAUUCAACUAUACGGUUAUAUUUCAGUGAUUGUUUCCUUACCUGUGUUUGUGUUUAGAGUUUGUUGUUACCUUGGAUAUCUUUGAUAUGUGAUUUUAAGCAGCGGAGUUGUCAUGUGCCGACCACUCCGUCCAUCAGUUUUUGACUGCAGUUUGAUCUAAUCCUCUUGUUCUCACAUAGGUAUGUUCUGGUUGCCGUUCUUGAUUGGGAAAGGCCGAUGUUUGCUCAUUUUGCAUUAAUUGCUCGUGAUUCAUUUUGUUUUGAAAUUUGCAGAGUUGCUUGGCAUACUUGGCAUAUCAAAUCUGUGAUAUGUCGACUACGGAAUAAAAGUGAACAGCUCU